ACUUUCUUGCUCUGCUGGGUCUCCUGACGGGCUGCUGUGAACUUUUUAAUCUUUCACAGUAGCAUUCGGCUCAAGCGCCAAAGAGAAAUCGGCUUUUGAAGGCAAAUAGAAGUGGUGCACGAACUCGGUGUAAAUUUGUCAACCAUGAAGCAGAGGCUGGUUUUAAGCAUAUUGGUGGUCACAACUUUGCUGCUGGAGUUUGUUAACAGCCAAAAAAAUGAAGACAAGGAUCCCAGGCUCACAACAGAGAAAAGGCCAAGGCAGAAAAUCAAACCUGGAAAGGUUGUGGCAAAGAAGGCCAAAGCUGUCAAGCCAAAACUGAAGAUUACACCCACGGUGAAAGUGACUCCGCCCCCAACAGCGCCCCCUGCUGCUCAGUCAGCCCUAACGCAGGUGCUAGAAAAGGGGAAGUUUCAGAAGGUAGGAGACACACUGACUGUGCAGGCAGGACACAACCUGGAGCUGAGGUGCAAAGGCAAGCCUGUCCAGUGGGCUGUCCCCUACUACCUGGAAGAGGAGGACGAAGGCAGGCUCAGGAUCGUUCAGCAUGAAAGAUACGGCACCCUGAUUUUAGCCAAUUCCACGGGCGCUGACACAGGAGAGUACACCUGUUACCCCAUGUACUGUGAGGAGACAGACUGCAGAAGGGAGUAUGACAGAGCUGCCAAAGUCUUCGUCUUUUUCCCAGAUCCCCAGGAGCUGUUUGUGCCCUCGGCGGACUACUACGAAGUCCUACAGCUGCGCUCCAACCGGCCAACCACCCUGGCCUGUCAGGUGACGUCCCCGCUGGCCACGGUCACGCUGCACCGGGAGUUUCCCCCCGAGGAGCUGAAGGUGGACGGGGUCGAGAUCUCCUUCGACGUGAAGAAGGGCUUCACCAUCCACCGGCCCAAACCCCACCACGCCGGCUCCCUUUUCUGCCUGGCCAGCUACCGUGGGCUUCGCCAGACGUCCAUCAAGUACAUGCUCAUUUACGUCAACUACCCUGUCUCCGCCCCCUCUCCUGUGAUUCAUGCCUCGUCUACUUCGGUCCACGUUGGGGAGAAUCUGCAGGUGACCUGCUCCGUGCUUGGAGAGGCAGACAUUGCCAUCGAUUUCACUUGGGAAUACCCUGGACAAAAGAUUGGCAGGCCGCUGUACACUCAGGACGCCACGCACACGGCGCGCUCAGGAGGACAGGCCCGACAGCGCUCCGAGACCGUUCUCUUGGUGGACGAGGUGAGAGCAGUGGACCAGGGAACCUACAGCUGCACCGCGCAGAACCUGGAAGGGUCCACUACAGUCUCCACAAGCGUGACUGUGCUGCCUGCUCGCACUGCCAGAUCCAGACACCGCUGAACUCAACGUUCCCGGCCUGGAUACGAAGCAGAGACAGCUCUGGUCAAACAGCUGUGGCUGUUUACUUAAAUGUGAUAUAUAUAAAUGCUGUAGUACCAGUACUCUGCACUGCCAUGAGGGCUUAUGGAUGGCAGGUAGUAUUGCAGAAAAACUUUCAGAGUAGAAAACGGAGAUGGAUAUAGUGAUCUUUAAUGGCAGCUGCUGCACUGACAAUGACAAUGUUGCGUUUGGAAAUAAACUAAACAAAUAGCUUUCUUAGUUUAUUCAGCAGGUUCACUGUGUAUAGUUUCAAUAUACUGUAUGAUGAACGUGUUUUAUUUCUAAACAAUGGUGAGGAAAUUAGAUUUGACCUGCAUAGUAUCAUUGAUUGGACAGUUUUGGAUUUUUAGCCCAGUCCAGCAUAUUUGAUGAAAAUAAUUUGAAUAAUAUUUACUGUUAAAUUACAGUGUACUUCAGGAAAACAUCAAAAAAAAGUUAUUUUUACAAUAUUUUAGACUUUUUAUAUAUGUAAACCAAAACAUGCUAUAUUUUUUUUUUUAUGAAGGGGGACACAGCACCAAAAAUUCUGUACAUAAUUCAGCCUAAUAUAGAACGUUCUUUCACGUGGUUUGUAUAUGAAUAAAAAUCAAAGUAUGGUCUAAGUAAUUUAUGCUGUAAAUAUUUUAAAACAAUUCAAAACAUGAAUCUGAUGGCUACCAGUAUAAAAUGUUAUUCUAAAGCAUUUUUAUCAAGUUCUCAAAUUUUACCUUCUCUGAUCUUUUACAGAAAAAGUAAGCACUAGAAAUAAACAGAAUAGCUACAUUCAUGCAUGGAACAGUUUAAUCUUGUAUCUCACCUUUUUUUCUAUUUCAAACAUGCAACAAAGUUAAUAGGCCCAUAUAAAGUCAAAACAUUGACCCAACUGCCAAGUCACAAGUUCCAAACCCAGUAAUUAAUUGUGUCUUUGUGUUUGCCAGAGGUUUGUCAGAGCUUUAUUUCAUGUGCAAUUUCAACAUGAAUUUGGCACUUGGAUAGCAGGCUGAAGUUUUGAUUUUACCCAGUUCUAAGUUAAGCAUUAUUAAUCUACAAGGAGAUACAUACUGCCAUUGAUGUAAGAAGUAUUACCAACACUUAAAUAUUUAAUGUAUUACUGCUGUGUGUAAACACUACUAUUUCUUGACUGCAAGUAUGACAACAUGGGAAAGUUUUGGGAAAGCCUGUUUGUUGUUUUAGCAACUACCUGAUCCUAGCACUUCAUCCAGCUUCUUGAAAGGAACUGGGAAAACAUUGCAAAAAGGGCAUGCUUGGAAAGCUUUCUUCUUUAAAUCACACAGCACCCCCAGUGGUACUUAAUUGACAGGUAAGCCUUUGUCCAGACGUAAGCUGAAAACCAUUACGCUCAUACACUUGCGAAAUUCUUGACGAUGUUUAUUUUCCCCUUGACAAGUUGUCAGUUAAAAUGAAAAAGAAAACUAUGUUUCUAUGGCAUGAGUUCAACACAUCCAGAAGAGUGGUUUAGAUAGCACCUGUACUGGGGAAAAAGGCUAACAGUACAGCAACUCGCAUAAAAUAAAGGUGUGUAUUGCUUUACCAGCUAUAGUAACAAUAGCUAACAGCUGCACACAAUUCUAUGAAUUAACACUGCCAACUACAUUUCAGCUAUAAUACAUACAGUCCUGUGAUAAUAACAGGUUCAUUUUCAAAGCUUUUUGCUCUAUACCAAAACAAUGUCCUCCUCACUUGCUGAAAUGGGACAUUAUAGGCAUAAGAAAAAUACAGGCACAAGUAGAAGAAAUUAUUUUUUUUCCCACUUAAACCGUUCUGAAAAAAAUAAGAGUGUAUCUGAAAUGAUAAGGACAUUGUUUUUAGCAAUAGUGAAAAAGCUUUGAAGUGCUCCAGUUACUUGUUUUUAUGGCACCACAAUCAUACAUCAUACGUCAGCUGUUGCUUCUAAAUCGGAUAGGAUCUAUUUAAAACGAUACCUAGAUAUAAGUUAGACAUAUCUUCUAACACACACUACUCGCACUUUUGCACUUAGCAUUUGUGAAAUAAUUUCAAAACAGUGCUCCACAGAAACGAACCAUAGAAAACAAAAUGGCAAGAAAAAAAAUGCACGUACAUUUUAAAAGUGCUUUCUAUAUACACAUUCUCACCCCAUUAAAAUCAAAUAAAAGCAAAUAAAAACAGAUAAAAACACUGGUUAAAAAGUGCACGUGUGCAUCUGAAUACCUCGUGCAGUUUCAGAUUUCCUAAGGUUUGUUAAAAUAUGUGUGCUUAGCUCUUUUUUUUUUUUAUAACCAAAGAUGCCAGUACAGUAUUGAUUUGUUUUUGUUAGCCAUAGUGUUUUGGUCUUUUGUGGGGAAGAAAUUUAAAUGCUGUGACAUUUCUCCCAGGUGUGAAUAAAA